GCAUGCGCCCUCGCUGACUUUUUUUUUUCUUCCUCGUUGUGAUCCUGCCCUGGCUGCCUGUCCGGGCAGAGCCCCGGCGACAUGAGGCGGCUCGGGUGCCCGUAAUGCGGGUGGGCAAGCUGGGCCGGCGGCGCGGGGGGGCCGAGCCUCGGGUGCGGCAGGCGAGUAACCGGUGCGUGUGUUUGUGCUCGAUGUCCCGUAGAUGGUGUCCGGAGGACUGACAGAAGACGAGAAGCGGACGACUAGUAUGAAGGAGAUGAUCGGAGGCUGCUGCGUGUGCUCUGACGAGAGGGGCUGGGCCGAAAACCCGCUGGUCUACUGCGACGGGCAUGGCUGCAAUGUGGCGGUGCAUCAAGCUUGUUAUGGCAUCGUGCAAGUGCCAACCGGGCCGUGGUUUUGUCGAAAAUGUGAAUCUCAGGAAAGAGCAGCCAGAGUGAGAUGUGAAUUAUGUCCCCAUAAGGAUGGCGCUCUAAAGCGUACUGAUAAUGGGGGUUGGGCUCACGUGGUUUGUGCACUAUAUAUUCCAGAGGUCCAGUUUGCAAAUGUUGCCACGAUGGAGCCUAUUGUGUUACAGUCGGUGCCACAUGAACGAUACAAUAAGACUUGCUAUAUUUGCGAUGAGCAAGGGAGAGAGAGCAAAGCUGCUACUGGGGCUUGUAUGACCUGCAAUAAACAUGGAUGUCGACAAGCCUUUCAUGUCACUUGUGCACAGUUUGCUGGCCUUCUUUGUGAAGAGGAAGGAAAUGGAGCAGACAAUGUCCAGUACUGCGGUUACUGCAAAUACCACUAUAGCAAACUGAGAAAAGGCAGACUGGAUUUUAGUAGAUCAUUUGAUCAAAGUUUAAGCGAUUCUUCCUCUCACUCUCAGGAUAAACAUCAUGAGAAGGAGAAAAAAAAGCAUAAAGAAAAAGAAAAGCACAGACAGAAAUCCAGAAAGCAAAUGGAGCCUUUGGCAUCAUUAGUUCCUUCUCUGACUGUGACUACUGAAAAGUCCUUUACCAGCAGCGCCAACAACAAUAACAACUCUGUCACAAGCUCAGUAAAGCGUUUGGAGGAAACAACAGCGCGGUUUACAAAUGCAAAUUUCCAGGAGGUUUCUGCACAUCCCUCAAGUGUGAAAGAUGCACUGGAAGCACGCACGUCAGAGGGCAAAACAAAGAAGACUGCAAGCCCCAACUCCAUGCAACGAGGACGCAAGUCUGGUGGUGCAAGGAAUUCUACAGGGUCUGCUGCAGCUACCAGUCCAUUCCAGCAAGGCAGCUUUUCGGGAACACCUGGCAGCGUCAAGUCGUCUUCUGGAAGUUCUGUUCAGUCCCCACAAGAGUUUCUCAGUUUUUCUGAGUCAGAAAUGCGGACUGAUACCUAUCACCAUCCUCAGCAGCCGCUGUCAACCAAAGACACUCCGAAAUCGGAGGCAGCUCUGCAGGAAGGGACAGUAAACACGUUCAGUUCGUUGAUGGGCCUUUCAGCAAAUCCAGUUAUGUCUUUUCAGACCAAAAACAUUGAUGGCAUUUCUGGGGAUUGCACGAAUUCCGGCCUCUCCGUAUCAGGAUAUAAGCGGGUACAAUCCUCCGUGAUUGAAGAGGAUGCCGUAAAAGAGAAGAAGCGAAGAGGAAAUAAACAAAAUAAACAUGGGCCAGGGCGGCCAAAAGGAAGCAAGAAUCAGGACACAGCGUCCCACCUUUCUGCCUCCUCUGCCUCCCCCACGUCCUCCGUUGCUUCUGCGGCAGGCAGUAUAGCAAGUACUGGCCUUCAGAGGUCUCCUACAUUGUUCAGGAAUGGCAGCCUGCAGAGUCUGAGUGUGGGCUCAUCCCCUGUUGGUUCAGGCAUUUACAACAGCAGUGAUGUAGCAACAUCCUUCCCCAGUGCCCUGUCUGGAUCCAGCACCCCAGUGUCCAGCUCACACAUGUCACACAUGUAUGCUGCCAAUCAUCUCCAACCAGGAGGAGCCUCAUCCCCAUUACCCUCCUCAUCAACUACUUCUCAUGCCAGCAUUACUUCAACUCAGGUAUCAUCUCUUCUGGGAUCCUUAGUGACCGUAACAUCAUCUCAUCUCAGUGGAAACAGACUGAAUACAACCUCUUCUGCUGGAACCCUUUUCCCGCCAGCUGAUAUCAGCCAAUCAGACCAAGAUCUAGGAGACAAUGGGCGCAGUCUGGCUCUGAGGGGAACCUCCCCUAGAGGAAGCCUAUCUCCGCGGUCUCCUCUGAACAGCCUUUCAGCACGCUAUGAACAGUCGGGGAUCGGUAGUGGGGAGAGCGUCCCUUCAGUUGUUACCAGUAUAGAACAGCUGCUGGAGAGACAGUGGAGUGAAGGACAGCAGUUCUUACAGGAGCAAGGGGCCACCAAUGACAUUUUAGGGAUGCUGAAAUCCCUUCACCAAUUGCAAGUGGAGAACCGGCGACUGGAGGAGCAGAUCAAAAAUCUGAAUGCCAAAAAAGAGCGUCUUCAGCUCCUCAAUGCCCAGCUGUCUGUUCCCUUCCCAACCAUUACCUCCAACCCAAACUCCUCUCCCCAAGUGCACCCAUACCCAUUCCAGAACGCAUCGACCACAGAUUCGCUGAGCAUCAGUAAAAGCCCGCACCUGGGAAAUUUCCACGCAGAAAAUGCCCAUCAUGCCACACAUCAGGAUCUUACCUCGAGUGGGCACAGCACCAGCAGCUCUUCAUCCCUCUCCACUCCGCCCCCUGAUGGCCAGAGUCCAGCCCAGCAUGUUCAGGGGAUCCAAAGAAUCAAUGGUGUGACAAUGGGAACACUAACCAGUGGCAUUCAAACAGUCACACCAACUCUUUCUGCAAUGCCGGGAGUGGGUGCAAUAAUUGGAGCGUUGCCGGCAAACCAGUUGGCUAUUAAUGGCAUUGUCGGGGCUUUGAAUGGAGUGAUCCAGACCCCAGCUACACUGCCCCAACCCACUGGCCUUACUCAUGGGACAAUAUUAUCUAAUGUAACGCAUCCCAUUUCUUCCACACUAACAAAUAGUGCCUCAGGAUUAGGACUUCUCUCUGACCAGCAGAGGCAGAUCCUUCUUCACCAGCAACACCAGCAGUUCCAGCAAUUCAUGAGUUCCCAGCAGCUCACUCCCGAACAACAUCAUGCUCUGCUUUAUCAGCUGAUGCAGCACCACCAACACCCACAGCAACACCAUCAGCAAGAACUACAGCAUUUGCAGCUCCCUGCCACAGCACAGCUACCACUAAACAACCUGCUGGCUGGUGCCCAGGCCACCUCACUCCAUUCCACGGCCACUAACCCCUUUUUGGCCAUGCACACGGACAGCACGGGCCAGAAAGUGGCAAGGCUUGGCGAUAAACAAGGACCAGUUAUGCAAGAUAAGAGUUGAUGUGGAGGAAAGCCAGAGGUUUACACAUCCACCUGGCACUUGGCUCCUUACAGACGUCUUCCUUGAAGUAGCAAAGAAACAAUGCAAACGGAGAAAAAGAAAAAGACUUGACCUUCUUAUCUCUGCAGUACCGCACGGACACACAACACAUAUCAGCCUGUUGUGCGGCCUGCUGGUUUCACGAGGGAUUGACAAAGCCUUUUUUUCGGAGGCUUUAGAUAUUUAUUCGUUAUAAAUGUUCUUGUUGCUUUGUUGCACUGAAAUGCGACUGUAUUCAUUUGGAGAAAGGUAAAAACACUGUUGUCACUAUGGUCGGAUCCAGGAUGUGUGCUUGCUGGUACAUUCGUGCAAUUCCUAUCCAAACAAUAAGUUCUUGCCACUGGUUACUUUAAGGUAUUAAGGAAAAAUAAUUGUUCGGAUGGGUAUCCCAGCAGUUCUUGUUCUAUGGUUUAUAUGGCAGCACCGUUUUCUUCUAUUAAAAGUGCCUGUUGCUGAAGCUUGAGGCGAGACUGCAGAUGAGCAGUCAAAUUGCACUCGUGGCUCGGUCUGUCUGCGAUGCCACUAAUGGCGCCUGUGGUUCGAUGUUGUUUAUUUCUCAACAAAGGAGUUAUGCAAACAUGUGGACCCUCGACACUUUGUGUUUGUGUUACAUGACUGAAUUUCUUACAUCAACUCAAUUUCUUUUUCCUGCUCCGUACUAAAACUGCCAUGGAAAAAAAAAAUGGUAAUUGUUUCCUAAAGUUUCCAAACAUUGGUGACUGUUAGUCAUACUGAGAGAUGCUUCCUUCGGGUUCUUCCACCUUGGUGUCUUUUCACUAAAAGUGAUCACUGGAUUUAGAUUUCUUAGUGUGGAAACAUGACACAUUCACCCCUUUUCACUG